UCACGCACUCCGCGCCCCUGGCACCAGUAGUGGCAGCGUCGGGACACGAGGAAUGAACGCGGACCUCGGCUCCGGCAGCCGGGACCCUGCUCCGACUCCGCGCAGCCCCGCCGCGUCCCACUCCCAAGCCGCGCCGCCCGGCCCGCCGCCGCCGCCGGCGCCCGGCCCGCGGUGCCCGCCGGCCGAAGCCGCCGACUACUCCCGCCAGCUGCUGCUGCUGCUGCUGCUGCUGCUGCUGCUGCUGCAGUGAACGCCGCCCCGUGCCGCGCCAUUGUCCCCACCGCCCUGCCCGCGAAGCCGCGCCGAUCGGGGAGGCUAGGGGCGCGCAUGGGUGGGCGCAGCUGAUGCCAGUGCCGCUGCGCCGCACUCCGAGGCUGCGUCCCAGGAAGUCCGGCUCUCCUCUCCCCCCAGUCCGGCGAGGCUCCCCGCCCUGCAGCGCGACCCCAUGGAGGCGCCCGAGCCGGCCAAAGCGGCCGCGGUAGACCCCGACCCUCCCCAGAGUCCGGGAGAGGCUCCCGAUAAGGCGCCCGCUCAGGGGCCCGGCUCUGACACCCCCGCCUCCGAGUCGCCCGCCUACCGCCUGCAAGACUUCGACACGCUGGCCACCGUGGGCACGGGGACGUUCGGGCGGGUGCAGCUGGUGCAGCUGAAGACGGCCAAGCGCUUCUUCGCCCUGAAGGUCAUGAGCAUCCCCGAGGUGAUCCGGCUGAAGCAGGAGCAGCAUGUGCACAACGAGAAGUCGGUGCUCAAGGAGGUCAACCACCCCUUCCUGGUGAAGCUGUUCUGGACGUACCACGACGAGCGCUUCCUCUACAUGCUGAUGGAGUUCGUGCCGGGCGGCGAGCUGUUCAGCUACCUGCGCCACCGCGGCCGCUUCUCCAACAGCGCGGGCCUCUUCUACGCGGCGGAGAUCGUGUGCGCGCUCGAGUACCUGCACGCCAAGGAGAUCGUGUACCGGGACCUGAAGCCCGAGAACAUUCUGCUGGACAAGGACGGGCACGUCAAGCUGACCGACUUCGGCUUCGCCAAGAAGCUGGUGGACAACAGGAACCAGGCCCCCGGCCCCAAGAAGAGAGACAAAGAGAAGCCGUGGGGUGAGAAGCUGCCGUCGGUCACCGCCGGUGCGCACCCUGACCAGGAUCAGAACUCGCCACCUAGGACAUGGACCCUCUGCGGGACCCCCGAGUACCUGGCCCCCGAGGUCAUCCAGAGCAAGGGCCACGGCCGAGCCGUGGACUGGUGGGCCCUGGGCAUCCUCAUAUUCGAGAUGCUUUCGGGCUUCCCCCCGUUUUUCGACGACAACCCCUUUGGCAUCUACCAGAAGAUCCUCGCCGGCAGAAUCGACUUCCCCAGACACUUGGAUUUCAACGUCAAGGACCUCAUCAGGAAGCUUCUGGUGGUUGACCGGACCAAGCGCCUCGGAAACAUGAAGAACGGAGCUGACGACGUGAAGCGCCACCGCUGGUUCCGGACGCUGGACUGGGACGCCGUCCCGCAAAGAAAACUCAAGCCGCCCAUCCAGCCCAAAGUGUGCGGCGAAGGCGACACCUCCAACUUCGAACCUUAUCCUGACAAUGACUGGACCGCAGCUCCCGCGGUGUCUGCCAAAGAGCUGGAGCUGUUCAAGAACUUCUGAGGGCGCGAGCCCACCCCGGGAAGACACGGAAUGACGUCAGCCUGUGUGGGACAAAGGCGUCCCCGCUACUCCGCCUUGGGGACACCCUGCAGAUGUGACUAGGAUCGGACCCCGUCGCACCCGCCCCCGUGUCUCCACAAAGGGACCGGAAGCCACACUGGACACUCAUGGACCUCACCUUAUUUAAGCGACUGGAAGUCGACGGCACAGGAGGAAUGUUCGGAACCCUUGUCUGGGUGCAGGUUUUAUGUUGUCUUUCGCGCGGGUUCUCACUGUGACGGUGCCUGGUUUCCUCAGAGCCUCAGCUUUUUAUAAGCUUGAAUCGAGCGUGCUUGGGUAUAACCACAGAUUGUGUGCGUGCGUGCGUGUGUGUUUGCGUGCGUGUGCAACAGCCGCGUGACGAAAACCGUGGAGACCACAUUCAGAUUUUGCACAGCCGACGGCUUUCAGUCCUCCCCUUUCCUCCAUCAAGGAACGGCUCUCCCUUGGGGACAACGCCUGAAAAGCAGGAUGGGGUGUGCGUUGGCUUCACCACCUUCUGCACAUCUGUGAAGGAAAGAUUCGUGUGGCCUUGCCUAGCUAGCACCUGAAACGCUUCGUGUCUGCUUGCGGGAGGUCUUGGAGGCGAAGGCAAAGGAAAGAGACUUGCGUUUGGGUUUUAAUCCAGAAAUACUCAGUGACCCUGACAGUGGCUCAAGGAAUGCAACCCCAUCAAGAAAUCUUCUGUGUCUUCCCGAAUUCCACGUGGCCUAGGGGGAAGGCUACCUAUAAAAAUUCUACAACGUAAACCGCCCCCCCCCCCCCAAAGGUGGCUUGAUGUUGGCUCCAUGGUGUGCGUCACCUUCAGUCAGAGAUUUUCUUUCCAUUUUCACGUUGGGGAAAGUAACGCACAGGGGACCUCCGAGAUGUCGGCGUCGGAGGUAGUCCCAUGCAUGAACUUCCCUUGUGUGGGCUUUUCUCCUCGUCCACGGUCGCGUUGAGUGCGCCCUGCACACGGGGGUCUCAGAGGCGGGGCAGGCACCAGGGAGGUGCAGCGGGUGAGAUUUCUUCUCUUUGGAGCUGAUUCUGAACGUACUCGGAGGAGAACCCUGCCAACUCUCCCCCUGCCCCCCGCACCUGCAAGGGUGACCUCCUGAAAGCCAGAGGUGGGUCGGCCACCCGGUGCGUGCAGUUCACUGCUCGUCUUCCCCCCGAACCGGGGGACUCGUGGACGUCCUCGGUGUCUGCCUUGUCCAUCACUUAUUGUCUUCCCCUCCUCUUCUGCCUCCUGAUUUCUAGACUUCGCUCUGCACACCUAAGCUGCCAGCUGCCCAUGCAGCGCCGACCAAGGCACCUGGGGAAACAGUGUUAGCCCAAUCGCUGCGUACCUGGUCUGGGGGCUCCACUCUGCCCUCCCCCGUGGAGAUGUGGCAUCUGUGUAUGUAAGGAGUAGCUUCUGGAGCCUUUGGUGACGCUCUAAGACCACCUCUGUCCCUCCUCCUUUUUCUCUCAGGUCUUGUCCAGACGGGCUCAGCUCCUCGGACCGCUGCCGUAGGGAGAGUGUGCCCGGGGGUUAGGACCGUGAAAACCUGGGCAGGAAGAUGGAGUGUCGUGUGCCUUCCUAGGUUUGUGCACCUCGGGUGUGUUCUUGAGGCACCUGGCAGUUCUUUGCUGUCAAUGCUGUCUUCUCUCCUGUGGCCCCCAAAAGGCGUGACUUCCCACACCUCUUGCUACCUCUGCCUUCCACACACGCGUGUCGAGCGACACGACGAACCACCUUUUCACAGAGCCGUGCAUCGUUUUUUUUCCGUCGCAAACAUGUCAAAGGCAAUGCGUUGACCUGUCGGAUUCGGGCAGGUUCCGCCCACGAAUCAGAAGGCCCCGAGUGUAUUUGGAGGUGACAUCAAGACAACCUGCACCUCUCAAACGGUAACAUGAGACAAAGGGAAGAUGCUACAGGCUCCCCCUUCUCACACAAGACCUCUGAGACAGGACCUCGUCUCCACACAGAAGCAACUCAGGAGGUGAGCCUGACUACGGGAUUGAGUAAAACAAACUCUCUGCAACACGCACCUCCAGGAGACAUGAUUGCCAAAUGGGUUCUGUGCACGUGUCCAUCACAGGACUGUCCUUUCGCUCUGGACAGGUUCUGGGUCACCGUCCCGUGUGGAUUUCGUGGAGGGCCAGCCUUGCCUAAAAGUCCAGCGGUUUCUGAACUUCCAUCGUGAAACGUUAGAUGAGAUUGGCGAGGCGAUUUUCUGCCCUGAGUUAUCCACCUACAAAGAAAAGCACAUGUCACAUUUUCUUACUACAACAUAAAUUAUUAUUAUUAUUAUUGUUAUGAGAAUCAUUUUGGAAUCUUCUGCUUAAAAUUUAAAAAAAAAUGAAUGAAAGAUUAUUCUUGAAUACAAGCAACGCAUUUACCAUUCUGCAUAUUUUUAGGCUUUAGUUCUCACGGUCCAGGAUUGACUAAAUGGAAUGGAAAUAGCAUCAGGGGAGCAUGGCGUGGAUUGCCUUCAUUUUGAACAAAUUUUGAACGAAUUUUGCAAGAACAACAGAUGUUUGAGUGCGUGGGUAAUGUUGCCCUUGGAAAGCAUGGCCCUCAGCCGCCCGCCAUGCAACACAAAUGAACAAGGAAAAAAAAUCCUAACCAUCCCUGAUGCUGUUAACACUCACCUUGGACGGCCCUUCCCACUUUCCAGGUCGCACACUUGGUGUGUUAAGCGCCCGCAGCGAGGGGUCAGUGACAUUGCGUGGCCAUGAAAAAGCUGAUGGAACCAAAACCAGUUCCCAGCAUGUGAGACACGCCGUGUCCGUUUGAUAAACCAUGCAGUGGGCUCAUGCUGAGCUGUAUGUGUCUGUGAGCACAUACAAUCAGUGUGCGUGGGUCACACGUGGAAGCCAGUUCACGGCAAUCAUCACAAAAUCCGGCUCAGGAAAAGCGGCAGAUUGGUUUCCUGCCCGUUCAUGUGGUGGCGAUACUCGCCUGUGUAAAAGUCCCUUUACACAUCUCUGGGAUUUGCACCCAAGCCAACAAGAGUUACAUUUGGGUGGGUCUUGCUUUCUGGCUAGAGCUAUCACUCCUGCCUUUCACUAACACCAACAGAGCCGAAAACGAAAUCAAAUCACCAUUGAUCGCCCACGACCACAUACACGUGUACUGGCUGACGUGUGACCCCUUCCCAACAGAAGUCAGAAUCGUGCUCCGCAUACAAAUAUUCUUGCCCGGGAUGGCCCCCUGUUGGUUGCUGCUGUCCAUAGGACCGAUUAUGCAAAAAAAAAGAAAGAAAGAAAAGAGAGAAAAUCCAGCAACAAGAUUCUGUGUGCUCGCUUCACACCAUCCACACCCAAGGAUCCGCUUCAUGAAGAGUCUAGAACGUCUUGUUUCAUUCCACACGUCUAACCCUUGCAGACCCACGAGUCCCCCGUGGCAGACUCCUCCUCACGCUCAACACGCGUGUGACGUGACCUGCGUUUCCCGCUUCUCCACCCACCUACGUCGCCUCUCCGUGUCGGACCACGUUCGCCGUUAGGAUGCAGCCGAUGCUCCGAGUGGCGAGCCGCCGCUCAGCCCUCUCUGCCUUGCCGUCUCUGACCAACGAGUUCCCACGCAAAGGGGGGAUGCCCGCCUAACCAAAAUCAAAGAGCAAAGCCCACGAACAACAGUGGUGUGAAGGAAGGAUUUGGAUGGUGCGUUUGGCGUGUGUGUGUGUGUGUGUGUGUGUUGUGUGGAGGUGGCGGCAGUGGCGUGGGCGGCACUGUUUCGACCCAGCACACCCUCGUCACAACGCGUUGGUUUUGCACACCCGCGGGCUUGCGUCCGACGGAACAGGCCCCCCCCCCACAUGCUCUGUGACAAUUUCCCAUAAACGGUGGCCUCUCAAGAUGUUUGAUUUCGCUCUCUCUCUCCCUCGCUCUUCCACGCUGUGCACUCCUGUUAUUGAAGCAAAAGCCGUCCCACGCCUAUUCCGUCGGACGGGGUGGGAAGCCCUCCGACCCUGGUGCGGUCUUGGCUUGCGCUCUCUGUGGCUUGGCGGCUUCUCCUCACGCUGUGCCGUGGGCGUCCUGGCCAGGGUGCCCUCUUUGGCCAGGUUGCCCUCUUUCUCCUGGGGCCGGGGGGCUGCCGGAGACGCAGUGCCUUUGUUCCCCGCGGCACGGCCCGGCACCCCGCCCCCCGGACCCCUGCCGCGGUGUCCCAGCUUCUCUCGUGGGUGGGGGGGGAGGUGGAAAGCAAACCGUUUGUAAUCCGUUCAGUUCCUUGCACAAUGAAAAUCACUGUGAUCUGUAUAUAUAUAUAUUUACCUUUGGAAGAUUCUACUGCUGUCUAAUUUAUGGACUUGUCCUGUUGAU